CAUGCUUCCUUCUUGCACAGGAAAGGGACCUGGUCAUAGCGCAGACAACAGCUAUUUUAACUGUUGUGUGCAGUCAAGAAACUACACGAUAUUUGCAGCUGGAUUCAUCGGCAUUCUUCAUUUAAUUUUUUUUUAAGCUUGUGUUAUGAGCUCCAUCCAGCAGAAGCCCAGCUAAGGACUUAGGAGCCCCACCAGCGCCGUGCUUUUACACUCACUGGCGGCUUCCUCUUCUGAGGCCAGACGACCAUGACUGAGAAAGACCCCGAGGUGCAUGUGGAAGACGAUGAUGAUGAGCUAGAUAGCAAAUUGAACUAUAAGCCCCCACCUCAGAAGACGCUUCAGGAACUGCAGGAGCUGGACAAGGACGACGAGAGCCUUGCAAAGUACAAGAAGUCCCUGCUGGGGGAUGGACCUGUGGUGGCAGACCCUACAGUUGCCAAUGUGACUGUCACUCGGCUCACCCUGGUUUGUAACAGUGCUCCAGGGCCAAUUACCAUGGACCUCACUGGGGACCUUGAAGCCCUCAAGAAACAGACAUUUGUAAUAAAGGAAGGAUCUGAAUAUUGCGCCAAGAUCCACUUCAAAGUAAAUAGAGAAAUUGUAUCUGGCUUGAAAUAUGUGCAGCACACUUACCGGACAGGGGUGAAAGUGGACAAAGUGCAAUUCAUGGUGGGCAGCUAUGGGCCACGGCCGGAGGAAUACGAGUUCAUUACACCUCUCGAGGAGGCACCUAAAGGCAUAAUGGCUCGAGGAAACUACCGCAACAAGUCCUUCUUCACCGACGAUGACAAGCACGACCAUCUCACCUGGGAGUGGAACUUGGCCAUUAAGAAGGAGUGGACAGAAUGAGCUCCACCUCAUUUCUCCUCCCCCUUUACUUUCUCCUGUCUCUUGCACUGUUCUCCAGGUGUGCCAGUCUCUGGCUCCUGCAUGCCACGCUUCCUCCAACACCCCCCACCUGGCCCUUUUACUGUUUUAACACAGGCCUUGGGACAGACUCUGUCUCUCCUGCGCUGAAAAAUAAACCACAAGGAAUUAAAACUGGGACAAAUCAUCCUCUCUGCUUGCAUAGGAUCAGUCCUUGAAGUGCCUUUGCUAGGAAGACGCACAGAUACUAACCCAACACAAUUGCUAUCUAGGUUUUCCCCAUUUAAAGAUCUAUGGCCGUUAGCCUAGUUUCCUUGCAGUCUGUAUUCACUGGAAACAUACUUGCCUAUGGGUGGAUUCUAUCUAAUUUAAGCUUGUUUUUUGUGUGUGGAAAACUUGCCUUUGAGAGUAGCAGGAGACACAGUUCCUGCCCUGGCCUGUGAAAAUGUCUGUAUCUUUGAAAAUAAAGCCAGUUUUGUCCUUUG